UCCGACUGCAAGGGCCAGAAUUAGAACCCUACAUGAGGACCUCAACCGAAAAGGUGAAUUCUACUUUAAGAAUUGAGUCAUCUACAUCAUGGUUAGCGAUACAUACCUUAUUGCCACUCAUAUUAAUGAUUCUAUUUUCACAGGCAUGACACAGCAAGGGAAAGACAGGAAGAAAAGGGUCUGUCGAAAGGUGUGGCAUGAGGAGACUACAACGCUACUACAGCUCAGCGUUUACAUGGGUGUAUUGGCUAUCCUGAAGGAAUAUGUCAUGGUUUUCCAGGGUAGCCAGACGUUGGUGCACAAACUCCCUGACAAGCAGUUUGAGCUGUUCCUGGCUUUUUUGGCUUGCUUCAUAAAAGGGGAACACAUCACUCAAUUGUCUCCCAGGGCUCUGGGAGAAAUGGUGCUGGAGGAUAACAUGCUGCUGCCUGCCAGGGAGUUCUAUGUUGGACAGGAAGCAGACACAUUCAGGACCAGGAAUCCCAAUCAUGCGCUGCUAGAGCCAUUCCUGAAACAAGUCAAAACAGCCUACACCACCACUGCUGUCUACAUGCAGAAAAAACUUCCAUUGUCCAGCCAGACACUGAUUGCCCUGUCUUCUCUGGACCCACUUCUAAGAGGCCACUCACAGGCAACCAUCCAGCUGAAGAGGUUGGGUGGAAUGCUAGACCACCUUUUACCAGCCGUCAAGGACAUCCACAAAGAAAUCCUACUGUACAACAUUAAUCUUAACGUGCCCACGUUCAAGGAGGGGGAUAGCAUGGUGGAGUGGUGGGGUCAUGUCUUUGACAACAGAUCUAAGUACCCAGCCCUUAGUGCAAUGGUAAAAUGUGCCCUCUCCAUCUUUCAUGGACCCAGAGUUGAAUCAUCUUUCAGCCUAAUGAAUGAAAUCCUUGACCCCAGAAGUGGAAACAUGAAAAUAUCAACAUUCGGUGCCAUCCAAACAGUGAAAUACACACUCCAGUCCAGGGAGAAGACGGCUGUGGAGUUGUUCAAAAGGAAGGAUGUGAGGUAUGGGGAGGUGGACCGCACACUCUGUAAGAACAUCCGGUCUGCAGGAAGCACUGACAAACUCCAAAGACAGCAGAAUAUGAUAGAAAAGCAAAGGCAGCAGAUCGAGUAUGGCUGCCAAGCAUCAGGUAGUACUUCCUUGAGCAAAAGGCAGAAGGCUGAGGAAGAAAAGAAAGCAAGAAUGAGGCAUGCUGCAAAACAGCGAAAGCGGGCCCUUGAGACACUGGUCCAGGCCAAGAAGAAAAAUAAAUAAUGGCAUACUCCUAUUGCCCUGUCCUCUGUCCUCCUAUUGGGGCUGCCCUUGCACAUAAUAAAUUAAUGCUUUGUUCGAAAUUGUGCGCAGUCCUGUAAUUUUUUUUAACUUGUGACUAACCCUAAUGCAUUAAAAAAGUAAUACAAAUGUAAAAGAAAACUCCCCGGAGUAUAAACCUGGAACCCUAUAGUGGGUCUGUGUUUUUCUCAGCUCACGCAUCAUUCUCACCUUUUUCACCCCGAGCCAGUUUGCAUGCCUGCAUAGAAUAUACUCAUUAAUUUCUACCACAGUAUUCCC